AUGGAUGAAAAGCAACUGGAGGCCAAAGAUAUUGACAAGGAAUCCCUGCACGGUUUCGCCCACCAUGCCGAGAAUGCAGCAGCCGACAGGGAGCCAUACGGUCCACCAGGCCUGCGCGGCCUGGUAGCCAACCCAUUCGUGUUCCUCUGCGCAGCAUGUUCAACACUAGGUGGUCUCGUGUUUGGUUACGACCAGGGUGUGGUGUCUGUUAUUCUAGUAAUGGAUCAAUUUCAAGAACAAUUUCCGCAGGUAGCCCCUGGGGCCCCUGGAGGUGGAUUCUGGAAAGGUCUGAUGACGGCGAUGAUCGAGUUGGGUGCUUUGGUCGGUGCACUGAACCAGGGUUGGAUUGCAGACAAGAUUUCUCGACGGUAUUCGAUUGUGGUUGCUGUUGUUGUGUUUACCAUUGGGUCGGUUCUGCAGACUGCUGCGAUGAAUUAUGCAAUGUUGACUGUUGCGCGAACGAUUGGUGGUAUUGGGAUUGGCAUGCUUUCCAUGGUUGCUCCGCUUUACAUUUCUGAGAUCAGUCCUCCCGAAUGCCGCGGUACGCUGCUAGUGAUGGAAGAAUUUUGCAUCGUAUUGGGAAUCGUUAUCGCAUACUGGAUCACGUACGGCACACGAUUUAUGGCAGGCGAAUGGUCCUGGAGACUUCCUUUCCUCCUGCAAAUGGUCCCUGGUUUUAUCCUGGUCGCCGGUGUGGCUCUGUUGCCGUUCUCUCCCAGAUGGCUUGCUUCCAAGGAACGAAACGACGAAACGCUGCAAAGCCUUGCGAAGCUGCGACGACUACCGCCGUCGGAUAAGCGCGUGCGACAGGAAUUCUUGGAUAUCCAGGCGGAAGUUCGUUUCCACAAGGAAAUGAGUGCGGAGAAACAUCCCGACCUUCAGGGCGGUGGGCUCAGAAAAGAAUUCUUCUUGGAAAUGGCGUCUUGGGCGGAUUGCUUUGGCAAGGGGUGCUGGCGCAGAACGCAUAUCGGUAUUGGAAUCAUGUUCUUUCAGCAGUUCAUCGGUGUCAACGCUCUAAUCUACUACUCACCAACGUUAUUCGAAACCAUGGGCCUUGACACAGACAUGCAGCUCCUCAUGUCCGGCAUCCUCAACGUCACGCAACUCGUGGGUGUAACCACCUCAAUCUGGAGCAUGGAUAGUCUCGGUCGUCGAUGGCUACUCCUAAGCGGCGCCGCGGUCAUGACAGCGUGCCAUGUUAUCAUCGCAGUCCUGGUUGGAAUGUACUCUGACAACUGGCCCGUCCACAAAGCCGAGGGCUGGGCCAGUGUGGCUUUGCUGCUUCUGUACAUGCUCGCGUUUGGGGCUUCUUGGGGGCCAGUACCGUGGGCGAUGCCAUCUGAGAUCUUCCCGUCGUCGCUCCGUGCCAAGGGUGUAUCCCUCUCGACUGUGUCGAACUGGCUCAACAACUUCAUCAUCGGUCUCAUUACCCCCCCACUAGUCCAAAACACCGGCUUUGGCGCAUACACCUUCUUCGCCGUAUUCUGCCUCCUCGCUUUUGUCUGGACAUUCUUCUUCGUCCCCGAAACCAAGGGUCGAUCGCUGGAACAAAUGGAUCACGUCUUCAAAGAUAAUUCGAGCGCCGCAGAACAAGACCGCCGCCGGGCCAUCGAAACCGAAUUGCUCCGAGCGGAGGCCCAUUGCCCGGAGCCAUAG